AUGUCCAAUCCUCCCAUUUUGAUCAUCGGCGCAGGCAUUAGUGGUCUGAUAUUAGCCCAGCACCUUCGCCGUUUUAAUGUUGCAUUUAGGAUCUUCGAGCGCGACUCAGCGAUCGAUGCCCGUAGUGGUGGAUGGGGUCUGACACUACAUUGGUCGCUCCCCGCUCUGCGUGAACUACUGCCACCAGACAUCGUUGAACGGUUUCCCGAAACCUUUGUUAAUAAAGAAGCUUCCGUUCGGGGAGACGUCGGUCGCUUUCAAUUCUUUAAUCUUGAGUCGGGAGAUGCAUUGUACGAUGCUCCCGCUGCUGAGCGCAUUCGUGUCAGUCGCGUUCGCUUGCGACAGUUACUGGCAACAGGUAUAAAUAUUGAAGCGCUAACGCCGUACUUCCAGUGGAACAAAAACUUUCGAGAUAUCGAGUCUACAGCCGAUGAAAUCACCGCACAUUUUGAGGAUGGCACAACCUACACAGGGCGGCUACUGGUCGCAUGCGAUGGCUCACGAUCGCGCACACGCGAGAUCCUAUAUCCAGAUGCAGAGAUGAACCAAUUACCAGUGCAGCUUCUAGGUGCAGCAACACUGUACAGCGCGGAGGAGAUGGGCGGUGCCGAAUCAAUCGACCCUUUCAUCUUCCAGGGUUCGCAUCCCGAGUCAAACGUGUUUCUAUUCUUCAGUUUUCUGGAUACCCCGAACAACUUUGAAAAUAGUAGCAAGGACCGUUACCACUGUCAAAUUAUCAUCUCCUGGGCGGAUUCGAAGGGCAUCCCCGUCCCGGACGCGAACACCGACCGCAUCGCACUAAUGAAGAAGUUAACUGACAAUUGGUCGGAACCAUUCCGCUCCCUGGUACACAAGCUUCCCGACGACGUGGAAGUGCGCUCGAUUCGCAUCGAAGACUGGAUGUUCCGCCUGGGCAGGACACACGCGCAUCCCCGGGCGGUGUUGGUGGGCGAUUCGGCUCAUACAAUGACUAUGUUCCGCGGUGAAGGUGCCAACAACGCGAUCGUCGAUGUGCUGGAUCUCGUGAAGCAUGUCGAUAUGCGCCAUCCAAGGUUCCUCGAUUCCGAAGCCUUGCAAUCCUCCCUCGCAGCAUACGAGAAAGAUGUCUUCGCACGAGCCGAGCCUAGCUUCCUCAACUCCAGACAGGCAUGUCUAGAUGCUCAUGAAUUUUCCAAAAUUGAAGGAAGUCCGCUGGUUGGGAACGAAAGUGUUGCGUACAACUCGGUGCAUCUCUCUCUCAUCAAAACACAGUACUCCCAAUACUCCCAAUAUCAACUCGCUGAUACGGAGAUUAAGACUGUCGGGGCCUCGGGAUGUUAUGGUCAGCCAGAUCUGCUUAUCAGUGCCAAGCCUCUGUGCUCGAUAGAAGUCGUCCAGCUUAGACGCAACGCUGUGCAACACGGGUCAGAGAUUCAAUUCUUGAAUUCGCUUGUGGCAGACCUCGAAUCAUCUUCAUCGGAUCCGGUCCCCCUUGUUGUUCAAAAGAUCAAAAAUCGAGUAUUCCGGCUGCAAACUGGCCAGGACCCUGCAGAAUCGGAUCUAUUCAACAGCGCCUCGGCGCAGCCAGAAUCAAGUACAACCGGGGACCGUGCAUCUGGAAAAGCGCCACUUGGUCUAAAUGAUAACACUUCAAAUCAAAUUGACUCGUCACUUCUCACGGCUAUUGAACAUCUUGCUUGGGGUCGUAAUUCUACUGGAUGCUUCCCUCACAGGACGUGCUCUUGCCAAUAUCGCAAAGAUGGACUCCAAUCGCUAUCAGGGACAAGCCCCUCCCUACUUCAUGGUCCUACUCUGGAGCUGAACUCUGCUUUCCCUAGUGCUAGAGAUGCCCAGAAGCUGGUCAAGUUUCAUUUGUCCCAUCUGGCGUGGCAUCAUAAUUGCUUUCACGGUCCAACCUUUCUCGAACAGUGCGAGUUAUUCUGGGAGACUGGGAAAUUUGAUGAACCUCUCUGGCAAGCGCUCUACUUUUCAGUGUUGAGUUCCACCGUCAGCUCAAUACAGGAUAGUGCGAAAGUAAGGGAGCUUGUUGAUGUCGACCUACAGGCAAUACAGUCUACGCAACAGCUCUUCUCUGCUAUGGUGCAGACACUGUAUAACUCAAAUUUUCUCAGCAAUCUCUCCGUAUGCUCCGUCCAAGCAAUCGUCAUAUCGACCGAGGUUGCUCAUAAUCUUGGCUUGAGUCAGCUGAACGCGACUUUAUUCAACGCUGCAGUACGUAUUGCUGAGUGUCUUGGGAUUCACAAGAUUCAGGAUCCAUCAACGAAACCUCCUCGAAGCAAAGAUGAAUGGGAUGAAAAGGUGGAACGAGAAGUAGGAAAAAGGGUAUGGUGCCAAAUGAUCAUCCAGGACCAUUUCGCCAUUCCCUUCACCGACACCUACAGUAUCUCUCCAAUGCAUUUCUCGACAGGUCGCCCGAUGAACGCAGAUGACCACGACUUGAUGGAUAUGCCCAUCACAUCUCCCACUAUAAGCACGUACAUCCGCGUGCUUGUGAAUUUGGCAGAAUUGAUGCCCGGUCUAGUUGACGGACUUGGCCCAAUGAAAUCUAGAAAACCUUUGCGACAGCAAUACGAACACAUUCUACACAUAGAUCAGAAAAUGCGAGGCAUUGUGAAAAACAUACCCCCCUUCUUUCUGCGCGGAGAUAAAACUAAGGAAGCACAAAUUCCGUGGCUUGCUAUUGCCAGACGAAGUCUCGCCAUCACUGCAGCCGAGAAGAUCAUCAUGAUCCACCGGCCAUUUCUCUUCCGCUCUUUCAAUGACCCAACAUAUACCUACUCAAGGCGUACCUGUGUUGCCGCCGCAAUGACAAUUCUGCGCGAGCACGAGGUAAUAGUCAGAGAAGGGGAUAUCUCAAUAUGGACCCACACAGCAUUUGCAAUUACCGCCGCAGUCAUCAUGUGCUUUGAAGUUAAUGCAACUGCAGAGAAUCAAGCAAAUAUUGCGCAAAGUCACAAGGAUGCAAUAGUCGCAGCUCGCCGCCGCCUUGCUGAUCGAACUAAUGACGUGCUUGCUCAGCGAGGCGUCGCGUUAAUCGAUGCAAUCUUUACUGCCGAUACCGCGUCGGGCCCUGCAGGACUUGGAAACGGAACGAUUGAUUUUGGUCAAAUUCUGGCUAAAUUCUCAACUUUUACGAGAAUGAAUCUAGGUCCUGACACCCCUGACACAUCUGUUAGCAGAUUCUCGAAUUCAGACCCUCAAGAUGUGAUCGGUGCCCAUUUUAAUGAAAUGCAGCCGACUUGGGAUACAGCGGAAGAUAUUGAUUUCGAUGCUUGGUUCAAUGGAACAUUCCACACUAUACAUGAUCCUCUUCGGUUUUGA